AUGAAUCCUACUAUUAAAUAUAACACUGAUGCUUAUUCCUUUCAACCCUCCCUAUCAAAACUCGAACCUCCUAAUUACAACUUCUCCGAUGCUCAAUAUCCUCUGUCUCCCGACGUGAUGCUAGACAUUAUAAUUUCGCAGCGCAUUCCUCCAGACAUUCUUAAAAAAAUCGAACGCCGAAUUCACACACCUUUAAGAGAUCUCAUCAGACCAGGACAAAGAAAAUCACGCCAUCGUACUGGUCCACCUCGGCCACAGAAUAUGUACAUUUUAUAUCGUCGCGAUUUACAAAAGAAGAUCAAUGAAGUCAAAGGUCACGAUGUUGGUAGUCAGCUAGAAUUUGUAUCCAAAAUUGCAAGCAGGGGAUGGGAAAAGAUCGAUUCGGAGACACGGUUGUUAUACAAUUAUAUCGCUGAGUGUGCAAAGGAGUUUCAUAGCUAUAUUUUUCCUGGAUACACUUACCAACCAAAGAAGAAAGCCAUAAUUGCUGAAUCAGUGUACAUAUUUAGUACAAACGAAUUAACGGACGAUGCUCUUUGUCCAUCAACCUUAUCUGAAACUCAACCGAAUGUUAGCAAUAUUACGUCUACUAAUUAUACAGUUGCACAUAAUAAUAUUGUCACUGGUUCUAUCGAUAAUUCUUAUCCAUUAUCCCCUUCUAUUACUUCAUUAUCUUCACCUGUUCUCAACAAUACUGCUUUUAUUGAUAACAGCAAUAGCAGUAAUAUUUGUAAUUGGGCUGCUGAUUCUUGGCAAUUAUCUGCAUUUUCUUGUAAUUCUUUUAUUCAAGAUAAACCACUGAUUGCUUAUGAUGCUACCACGAUUGAUCCAUCGUGGAGAAAUCUGCUACCUCCCCUUAGUCAACCUUCAACUAGUCGUAGUCAUGUUGACCGUGGACAUCUUCACUCUGUUGACAGACAAGUGCGUUUGUAG